UGUUUGGUUUUAGUUAGAUCUCAGGUGAGAAUUGAACGGAUUCAAUGAUACACUUUAGGUCAUCGUUCACAUGAUUUAAAAUUAAUUAAAAUUAUUUCUAAUUAAUUAAUCAUUUUUAUUUUUACAAAUAUAGAAGAUAUAUGUAAUUCAAGUAAAUAAAAUAUAUAAAAUAUAUUAUAAAUGGUAUCUCAAUACCAUCAAUUUGAUUAUGGAUGUCAAUAUAGAAGAACUUACCUAUGAACAUUCUACUCCUAUAAAAAAUAGUGAAGGAAAUAUUACGGAAAACACAACAAAUGGCUAUGUAUCAGAAGACACUAAUUGUACGGCUAAUUCGAGUGAAUUAUUUUCCGAUAAUGAGAAUGAGAAUACAAAUGAAAAUGAUUUAAUAUGUUAUACACCUAAUGUUUCAAAAACUGAGACUUCGUUUUUGAAUAUCUCUGAAACGUCUUUAUUAGAUACCAAUAAACUAUUCCAUACUCCAAGUGCAGAGAAACCAGCAGUUAUUCCAAGCACACCGUUAAGUUUAUUACCAUUUAUAUCAAAGAUUAAUGAGCAGUGGACAUCUGAUUUAGAAACACCUCAAAUGAAUAAAAGUUUUCCUAUAAAAUCAUCAGAAAGUAUUGAACAAACUGUUUAUUUACAAGAAUGUACUCCAAAUAAUUCACAUUUUAAGAAUAUAUUUGAAGAGCCUACAUCGACAUCUCCUGUGAUAAACUAUACAAGAAUGAGACGAAGAACUAAAAGGAGAAUUUUUAAGAAUACUUCUUCUAACGUAAAUGUCGAUAAAAUUGCAUUGAAUAAUCAAGAUAGUGAAAAUGAUAUUGUAGCUAUGGAUACAUGCGAUGAUAUAGAGAAGAAAAAUAUUCUUUUGGAAAGUAAUAGUGGAAAAGAUUUUUUCUCUGAUGCUUCUUUUGCUAGCGUAGAUCAAAUUUGUGCUAGAUUCGCUGAAAAGAAUGAUACACUUAAUGUUGAAUGUAGUAAUAAAAAAAGGCGUUACGAAGAAGUAUUAGAAGAUAAUAUUACAGUAUUAAAAGGAAAUUUUAAUAUAAAUCAAAAUGAAUGUGAUGAAAAGAAAAUAUUAAAUAGUGGUAGUAAAAUAACAUUAGAUAUGACAAUGAAUAAUAUAGGAUUUUCUACAGCAAGCGGGAAACACAUUAAUGUAUCUGAGUCUAUGACGUUACAUCCUUAA